AUGGCUUGUCAUGCCGGUCCAUCGGAAGCCGUCGUGCUUCGAUUGAAAUCCCGUGACAUUUCGGAUGUAUCCCUCGCUUCAUCCGAGUCGUCCGGUUGUUCAUCGGAAAGGUCGUCAGUAUUACGCAGUCCGAAUCAGCUGGACGAAACGCCUGUACUACACGGUACUGAGAGCUCAGUCUCUGCCGACGGGCCAAAGGACGAUUCAGGUGGACUCGGGUCUAAGGAGUCCGAUGCCUGCACCUCGUCUCCCACACCAGCACUUCCACCACCAGUUCUCAAGAAAAGCAGUAGAUACCUCCGAGAUCAUCCACCAUCAUCCGGUAUUCGUUAA